AUGAGCUCUCUCGCCAGUGGCCCUGCUGGAUUCAUCCAGAACGGCCUUGACCAUCACUAUGUUUCAAUUGCAGGCACCGCAUUCUUUGUUUGCGCACUUGUCGCAGUUGUCCUCGUUCUGGGGUCGCAGAGGCGCAACAAGGUCGAUUACAACACUGGAAUUUUCAGCUACCUGAAAUUCAUCUAUGCCAACUUUCUGAAACCCCAUAAUAAAGCAAGCCAAUUAACCUCUACGCAGGCUUCAGUAUAUGAUUCCACUCGAAAGCGCCUUCUCUGUGGCCGAGAGGACAUGCUUGGUCUCGUUGCUGCCCAGCUCAAGUACAAGCUUGAGAACAAGGAGCUUCAGAAAGGAAAGGCGAUUUGGGUCGAUAUUGGUGGUGGUACUGGAUACAACAUCGAAGCCAUGGCCGCGUUCGUUCCCGUCCCCGAGUUCUUCUCCCAGGUUUACCUCGUCGACCUAUCCCCGUCUCUAUGUGAAGUUGCACGCCAACGCUUCGAGCGAUUAGGAUGGAAGAAUGUCACAGUUGUCUGCCAGGAUGCACGCUCGUUCCGUCUACCGGAAGAGAACAUCGACCCGGCAAGAAACCCUGGAACUGGUGCCGAUGUGGUCACAAUGAGUUACAGUCUGUCAAUGAUCCCAGUUCAAAGCAUUGUCGAUGUCUCUACCAGGAAUUACAUUGGUGGUGCCUUCAACCGCCACGUUAACUGGCUAGGUCGUGCAUUCUGGCGUGCCUGGUUCGAGGCAGACCGUGUGAACCUCGAUGCUGCUCGUCGUGACUAUUUGGAAUAUCGCUUCGGAACCGUGAUUUCGGCGAGUGAGCGAAAUUACCUUCUCGGUGGUAUCCCUUACUACAUUUUCAUUGGACGUCAGAAGGAUAUCUCUCCAAACCAGGCCAGCCGUGAGGCUAUCGAGAAGUUGGACGCAUCCUUCACUGAAUCACCGUAUCUCUCUCCGGCCAACCACCGCAACGAGAUGGAUAAGGCUGUCAUCAAGAGCACACAGGAGAUUCGGUCCAAGGCAUAUGAAUCGGCUGUGAUCAACUUGAGUGCCAACCUUCCCCUCCCCGCAUCCUUCUACCAAAACCACCAUUAUCGCAUUUUCUACAACGACCUCCUCCCUAAGCACACGCAGUUCCAAAACGAGUACAUCUAUGCCUUCACCUGGGAAGACCCCCGGGUUGACCACCGACUACUGGACAUUAAGCGUGACGACGUCAUUCUGGCCAUCACAAGCGCUGGCGAUAACAUCUUGGAUUAUUUGCAGAAGAGCCCGCGUCGCGUUCAUGCGGUUGAUUUGAACCCGAACCAGAACCACCUUCUUGAGCUUAAGGUCGCCUGUUUUAUCGCUCUCGGCCACAGGGAUCUUUGGAAGAUCUUUGGUGAGGGAAAGCAUGCCGAAUUCCGUGAUCUCUUGAUUUCGCGCCUCAGCCCUCACCUCUCCAGCCAGGCUUUCCAGUACUGGCUUGAACACACCCAGGUCUUUACCUCAUCUUCAGGCCGAGGCCUCUAUGAGACAGGCGGCUCUCGCCAUGCAAUCAAGAUGGUCCGCUAUAUCUUUAAGUUCUUCGGUAUGGAGGGACAAGUAAAGAAGCUUUGCGAAGCUCAAACCCUAGCUGAGCAGCGUGAAAUCUGGCCGCGGAUUCGCUCCGUUCUUAUGAGCAAGCCUCUUCACUGGGCAGUGGUUAGUACUGAAUGGUUUGCAUGGAAAGCUGCUGGUGUUCCUCGCAACCAGCGAAACAUGAUCGUUGACGACUACUUCAAGCGCAAUGGUCUCACAAAGGAGAUGAACAAUGCUAAGGACCUCAGUGGCAAGUCAAUCUGGGAAUAUGUGGUGGACACAUUGGACCCUGUUGUCCAAGAGACCAUGAUCAGUAAUGACAACUACUUCUACUACCUGUGCUUGCAGGGUCAAUUCUCAAGAAGAUGUGCCCCAACCUACCUUACCCCUCAAGCCCAUGUCAAGCUGUCAUCUCCAGGCGCAUUUGAUGGCCUACGUAUCCACACAGAUGAGAUCAACGAAGUGAUCGCGCGUAUCACUCCUCGAAGCCUCACAAUCGCCGUGGUAAUGGACUCAAUGGACUGGUUCGACCCAGAAGGCGCAGACGCCUCAGCGCAAGCGCGGAAAUUCAACCACGCCCUGAAGUUAGAGGGCCGAAUCCUCCUCCGCUCUGCGAGCAUCGAACCCUGGUACAUCAAGAACUUCGAGGAGAACGGAUUCACAUGUCGACGUGUUGGAGCCCGUUUCUCAGGUUCCUGCAUUGACCGUGUCAACAUGUACGCGUCUACCUGGAUCUGCACAAAGACAGAAGAAAUUGAGAGCUUGACGCAAGAAAAGCGGUCGAAUAGCGUGGAUCACCUGGAGCUAUAA